AACUAUGCCUACUUCAUCUUCAUAGAUGCACGUAAGCCCCCUAGGUUAGUGAUUGGCCAAAAUAUUAAGUCUAUCCGUACAUGAACUACUGCAAGUUACAUAGAUCACGUGUAGUAGUAACACUAAGUCAUGAUUCAUAUUAUGACUCCUCAUUCGACACAUCCGAACUAUCGGAGCUGGCUUGAUUCUAUCGUUGUAUCGACUCACAGCUUCAUCACAAAAACUAGCGCAGAUCCCAACUGCGAGUUUUAUAUCAUUCACCAUGGUUCUCGAAACGACGGCACGGAAUUGGUACCGAGACGAGUAUCUCAUCUCAACGGAACCGCUGCUUAUCCAGAUUGACGCAGUAAAUGAGGCGCUGAACUCGGAUUUGAUGUGGUGGGCACAGGGGUUACCGCGCGACGUGAUAAAGAAGGCGCUUCAUAACAGCCUAUGCCUUGGACUAUUUGUACUGCCCACGUCUACAUCGCAAAUCGCUGGCCAAAGUAGUCCAGUUCAAAUAGGACUGGUAAGGGUGGUCACGGACGACGUCACUUUUGCGUACCUGACCGACGUAUACAUUAUCCCUGAAUACCAGGGAAAGGGACUAGGCAGUUGGAUGAUGGAAUGUCUGAACGAUAUCAUCAAAGGUUGGCCCCAUCUGCGACGCUUCAUGUUCUUGACGAGCGAUAGGAUGGACCUGUAUCGUAAAUACCUCGGCGCGAAGGACUGGUACGAAUGCAAUACGAAGGGUAUUUCCAUCGGUCUGAUUGAAGGACCUGCAGCUCAACGUCCCAAGCACACGUAAAGGACAUCAA